CCACCACUCCUGUCCUCAACCUUCUUCCUUCCCUCCUCUCCCCUCUCCCCUCCCCUCUUCUCUCCAUGGAUAUCUGCUUCUCCACCAGAUCUCAAACCCUAAUAUCAUCCCUCUCCCUUCUCUCUACCUCCACCACCACCACCUCCUCCUCCUUCUCCCACCUUCCUCUCCCCUGCUCCAUCAUCCAAAAGGAAUUUCCCGGGUUUGGGAGCCAGCUGAGGCCUCUGGGCAUCCGAUCUCGAAAGAGAUGCAGGAAAUUAGGGUUCCAAUUUCAGUCUCCGCGAUGCCUCUUCCAGGACUCUGUGUGCGAGAAUUCCGUUCUUGUGGCCACUGUCGCCGUUGCCACCUUCGCGGCGGCCCUCCAAGUGAUGUAUAGCAGACGGAGGCGUGAAUCUCCCCAGUUUGCAAUUCAUGAAGUCCCUGAUGUUGUGGUGAACGUUGGACUCCAUGAAAGCCAUCAUGCAGAUCCCAUAAUGUACAAAGAACAUAGUGCAAUUGCGAGAGAUGAAGCAAAUGUGUCUCCUGAGAUCUGUGCUUCUGACAUAAAGGAUGCUCAACUGUUAAAACUUCAAGGGACAUUAAGCAAUAAAGUGCAGCGAACCUCUGAACUUCCUGCUUUCAUUCGUACAGACAAUGCAUCAGCUAAAACAACUGGAACCGAAGAGUUCAAAUGUUCAUCUUCUCAGGUUCACAAACUUGAUGCAUUAGAGCAGAAUGAUUCUGGAAACAAAUUGCCAGAUUCGCUUACUGGAAAACAAAGGGAAGCUGUAGCAGUCUCUGAUGCACCAGAUAUAAUAGUUGAACCGACGUUUAGUUGGUCUAGUGCCCAAGUGGAGAAGAAACAAAUAGAAAUCAAUCAAGAUAAUGAGCUAGACUGCAUUGCAGCCAAAGGCGAUGAACUUUGUCCCUCAAUCUAUGAUGGACUCAUGAAACAAAAUGCCAAAGCAGUUUAUGCUUACAAUGAAGAAAUGCCUGAGGUGAGGUCUAUAUCAUGCUUCAAAAGUUUGAGUGCAGGACCUCUUCAUCUCAUUCUUCAUGAUAACAGUAGCUCUUACUCUCGAUUAAGGCAUGCAGUGAAGUUUGGAGGCAUCCGUGCAAAAGCCUCUCCUUGUUCAGCAGAAGGACAAAAGCCUAGUGCAUGCUUCAACGAAGGCCGUACUAGUAAAGGAAAAGAAAUAGACAAACUCCAUAGAUUCACAAGGGAUAUGGGAAGAAGUCCCGGACAUGGAAAUGAUGAUAAUGCAAAUUUGUCUUUAUUUCCUGAGCCAAAUGGGAAUCUUGUAAAAGGCACAAAUUAUCCACCAGGUUAUUUAAGAGCCUAUGAUCGUUUGUUGAGACAUGGAAGGUUGAGAGACUGUGUAGACUUGCUGGAAAGUAUGGAAAGAAAGGGAUUGUUGGAUAUGGACAAGGUUCAUCAUACCAGCUUUUUGAAGGCAUGUAAGGGUCAGAAAGCUCUAAAAGAGGCAUUUCGUUUUAGUAAAUUAAUUAGGAAUCCAUCCAUGAGCACCUUUAAUAUGCUCUUGUCUGUAUGUGCUAGCUCGCAAGAUUUUGAUGGAGCUUUCCAGGUUAUGCUGUUAAUAAAAGAGGCUGGGCUAAAGCCUGAUUGUAAACUUUACACCACGCUGAUAUCAACCUGUGCUAAAAGUGGAAAAGUUGAUGCCAUGUUCGAAAUUUUCCAUGAAAUGGUGAAUGCUGGAAUCGAGCCAAAUGUCAACACAUAUGGUGCACUUAUAGAUGGCUGUGCCAGAGCUGGACAAGUGGCAAAAGCAUUUGGUGCUUAUGGAAUUAUGAGAUCCAAGAAAGUGCAGCCUGAUCGAGUUGUAUUCAAUGCCCUAAUCACUGCAUGUGGUGAGUCAGGAGCAGUUGAUCGUGCAUUUGAUGUUUUAGCAGAGAUGAGAGCAGAGCCUAAACCAAUAGAUCCUGAUCAUGUGACUAUUGGUGCUCUGAUUAAGACAUGCACUCAAGCCGGUCAGGUUGAUCGGGCUCAUGAAGUGUACAAAAUGCUUCAUGAGUAUAAUAUAAAAGGCACGCCAGAAGUUUACACAAUUGCUGUCAAGAGUUGUAGCCAGAGAGGUGAUUUGGAAUUUGCACUUAGAAUAUAUGAUGAUAUGAAACGGAACGGCGUGGUACCUGACGAGAUGUUCCUUAGCACCCUAAUAGAUGUUGCUGGGCAUGCUGGGAAGGUUGAUGCAGCCUUUAGAAUCUUGCAGGAUGCAAAAAACAAAGGAGUACAACUUGGACAUGUUUCAUAUAGCUCCUUGAUGGGGGCCUGUUGCAAUGCAAAAAGCUGGCAGAAGGCACUGGAGCUAUAUGAGGAGAUUAAAGCAAUCAAAUUACUUCCAACAGUUUCGAUGCUGAAUGCUUUGAUCACCUCCUUAUGUGAUGGCUACCAGAUUUUGAAGUCUGUUGAAGUUCUUGAUGAAAUGAAAAAAUUAGGCGUGUCCCCAAAUGUCAUCACAUAUUCGGUCCUCAUAGUAGGAUGUGAAAGGGCUGGUGAAGCAGAAUUGGGUUUUACGCUCCUUGCAGAAGCCAAAGGGGAUGGUGUUCUCCCUAAUCUCAUAAUGUGUCGCUGCCUGACUGGUUUGUGCCUCCGCAGUUUUGAAAAGGCCUGUGCAGGUGAUGAGCCUAUUGUGACUUUCAACUAUGGAAGACCACAAAUUGACAAUAAAUGGACGUCAUUAGCAAUAAAGGUCUACCGUGAAACAAUUUCAGCUGGUGUUAAACCCACAAUUGAAGUUUUCUCUCAAGUUUUGGGAUGCUUGCAGUUUCCUCGAGAUUCUUCAUUUAGAAAAAAGUUUAUUGAGAAUUUAGGAAUCAGCUUUGAUACUUCAAGGUGCUCAAACAUAAGUUCAUUGCUAGAUGGAUUUGGAGAAUAUGAUACCCGUUCCUUCUCCAUACUUGAGGAGGCUGCUUCACUGGGAGUGGUUUCACGAUUCUCAUUCAAGGAAAGUCCAAUUGUUGUUGAUGCAAGGAAAUUAGAGAUACAUGCUGUUGAGGUGUAUCUCUUAACAAUUUUGAAAGGUUUGAAGCAUCGGCUGGCUUCUGGUGCAAGGUUACCCAACAUAACUAUAGUUUUACCUAUAGAAAAAACACAGAUUCAAUCUGCCAAAAGAGAGAAAACAAUUAUCGUUGCUGGAAGGUAUCGAGUUGCUGACAGGAAGGGGUCAUCACAAGAUGAAACGUGAAGACAUCACCAAAAAAUAAAAGACAACAUAAUGAAUUAAAUAUACAACACAAGUAUAGGACCUGGCCAUAACUUCAAAUGCAUAAUGACCAUUUGUAUUCCAAGUUGACUGCGCACUUUUCAUAUAUAAAGCUCUUAGCCAAUAGUAUUUUAGAGAUGGAUGUAUCUGAAAUUUAUUUCUGGACCAUGUUGACUGACUGGUAUGGCCAAUGCUUGAUUUAAAUUUGUUGGGAGAUGUUGAUCUAAAGCGCACAGACAGACUGACCACCGGGAAGAAGUUGCAUUAAUGCCUGACCUGAACUUCUCAAGGGAUGUUGAACUAAAGCACAUAAACAGACUGAUCAGUAGUAAACAAAUUGCCUUUUCAUUACAGUUGCAUUAUAAUGGAAAAGUAUGACAAGUAAGAAGUCCGAAGUAAUCAUAAUAAGCUUGCAAAUCUGUAAUUUUAAUGAAUUAAAGCUUUUUCCCAAGGCCUGAGGUCUCAGGAAGGCAGCCCUGGCAUUCCAUUCAUAAGCUUGGAUCAUGGUGAGUGCAUUGUUGCAGUGUUUUCUAUUAGUUACCUGAAGGAGUCACGGAGUAAGACUUUACAUUGUGUAGAAAUAAUGUGUAGAUUUUGUUAUAUGUAAUCCAUGUGGUAGUGUGGAGAAAGUUAAUAAACAGCUAUGUGGUAUGAAGUGGCUACCAUACUUUCAGUUGUGUACUUUAAUUCAACGUAAAGUUCUACGCCUUGUGUUUCAGUGCUGAGAAAGAAAGGUUACCUUACAUACUUCUAUAAGAUAUUUUAGCUGCAAAUGCUUCAUGUAAGGAGCAAAGGCUUAGAUUUUGUGAAGUAUGAUUUCAUAUCUGACCCUCUCUAGAUCUUGCAAUGGCAGGAAUCUUGUGCAUUGGGCCAAUCCUUUUUUAAUCUUCUGUACAUUAUAUCAAGUGAUAAUCUAGAAGCUUUCUAGUGAUUCUCAAAACCAUUUCCAACAUGUAGCUUUUUUCUUUUAAUCCACUGGAAAAAAUAAUUGAAUAUUUUCUUAAGCUAUCUAUCCACGAUUCACUAGUUCAAAGUUAAUUGGCAUGAUUAGACUGUUAGUUUUGAAAACGUCAUCUUUUAUGCUUGGAUUGACUUGUUAUAGAGUGCGAGCUUAAAAUGCAAUGCAGGGUUGGUCAGGCGGUUGGUUCCUUGCUGAGGAGAUUGGGACUUCCCUAUCAAGGAGAUGAAUCAUAUGGGAAGAUCAGAAUUACUGGUCUUUCUCUAAGAAGGUGGUUUAAGCCAAAGAUUACCGGCUCGACUUUUGCUAGAAGGCCAGGAGAGAUGAUCCCAACAUCAACUCAUCUUGCAAAAGGAAUUGCUGAUCAGCAGCGCAGCAUUCGCAGCAACAAUAAUCUAUCGCUCGAGUAGUGAUGUGUGUGGGGUACUCCAUGCUGAUGGCCCGGUUCAUGUUGGAGUUGAGAAAGAAUGACUGGCAGCAGUUUGACCUGAAUUUUUGUCUGGUGAUGCAAGGAAUUGUAUUUUCCAUUAAAUCAAGGGAUAGCAUUACAACUGGGAAAAAGAAAAAUUAAGGGGGUAUUUUUUCUCCUUUGAACUGUCAGAUAUGCAAGCAUUGAUUAUUAAAUGGGAGUUUGGUUUCUCUCGUGGCAUUGUGGGCAGAUCUGGCAGCUUCAGACACCGCUGCAGCGCAUAAAGUGUAAAUUCUCUGUAUGCUCAUUUGGUUGGGAUUUUAUGCUACCAUUGCAUCCCACGUAUUAUUCUUGCGUAUUCUUACUUUCGUUCCAUGUUAGCUUUCUUACAUGAUGUCAAAUUCUGUUAAACGUCUUCUCCGGUGUUAUGCUGUUUAAGCUCACGAGCACGUAGUGUUGUAAUUAGCAGUCACCGGAAAACGAAUAUUGGAUUUGUGCCAUAUUAAGUUCUCUGUUUGUUCCUGUAA